AGUUUCCGGCUGAGUUCAGUGAUCAGAAACAUGGUAGCAGAUUUAAACCUCUUUAAUAUAACAGUGAGGGAGUUCGACCCGAACAAGGACUGUUCUGGCAUCGAAGACGUCGAGAGGCGGUGUGAUGUUGGCCCCAGCGGCGAGGUCUCUCUCUUCACGGACCUCCUCGGCGACCCGAUUUGCCGAGUCCGAAACUCUCCUGCCUUUCUCAUGCUGGUGGCUGAGCUGGGCGAGGAGAAAGAGAUAGUGGGGAUGGUAAGAGGCUGCAUCAAAACCGUUACAUGCGGCAAGAAGCACUCCAGAAAUAGUAAAAACGUUACAGUUAGCCACCGCAAUAAUAAUGAUGGUGACGAUAAUAUCAUCAAACCUGUCCCUGUUUACACCAAGCUCGCUUACAUCUUAGGCCUUCGCGUGUCUCCCUCUCACAGGAGGAUGGGAAUAGGGUUGAAGCUAGUGAAGAGAAUGGAGGAGUGGUUCGCUGAAAACGGCGCCGAGUACUCUUACAUGGCCACCGAUAACGAUAACCAAGCUUCCGUUAAGCUCUUCACCGGAAAAUGCGGCUACGCCAAGUUCCGUACGCCGUCCAUUCUCGUCAACCCGGUGUUCGCUCACCGUGUCAAGGUCACCAGACUCGUGACAAUCAUCAAGCUCACUCCCUCCGAGGCCGAGAAGCUCUACCGCCGCCGAUUCUCCACCACCGAGUUUUUCCCGCGCGACAUUGACUCCGUCCUCAACAACACCCUUAGCCUCGGGACAUUUCUAGCCGUCCCACAUGGCGCGUUCUCGGGGAAGUCGUGGCCGGGGUCGGACCAGUUCCUGGCCGACCCGCCCGAGUCUUGGGCCGUGAUCAGCGUCUGGAACUGUAACGACGUGUUCAAGCUCGAGGUGCGAGGCGCGUCGCGCGUGAAGCGGACGUUCGCGAAGACGACUCGGAUCGUGGACCGGGCGCUCCCUUGGCUGAACAUCCCUUCGGUUCCGGAGCUCUUCCGCCCUUUCGGGGCGCACUUUCUCUACGGUCUCGGCGGCGUAGGCCCACGCGCGGUAAAGUUUUUAAAGGCGCUUUGCGACCACGCGCACAACUUGGCCAAAGAAAGCGGGUGCGGGGUGGUGGCUACGGAGGUUUCGAACCACGAACCGCUUAAGGCGGGAAUUCCACACUGGAAGAGACUAUCGUGCGCCGAGGAUCUAUGGUGCAUCAAGCGGCUCGGGGAAGACUACAGCGAUGGCUCUGUCGGUGACUGGACCAAGUCGCCACCUGGCAUGUCCAUUUUUGUCGACCCCAGAGAGAUCUAGUGUUUACGUAAAG